AUGUUUGGUGAGUAUGACUGUGAGAGAUCGACCAUGUCUGGUGAUGGGAAAUUUCAGUUUGCCAUUGACAGAGGUGGCACAUUUACUGAUGUAUGGGCCAAAUGUCCCAGCGGAAAAAUUCGUUUAAUGAAGUUAUUGUCUGAAGAUCCUGCUAACUAUGACGAUGCACCAAAAGAAGCAAUACGCAGAAUUAUCCAUCAAGAAAUGGGUUCAUUGCCAACAAAGACAACACCCAUUGAUACUUCUCUUAUAAGCUGGAUAAGGAUGGGAACUACAGUUGCCACUAAUGCCUUGCUGGAAAGAAAAGGUGAACGGAUGGCACUGGUGAUAACAAAAGGGUUCAGAGAUUUGCUGCACAUUGGGAAUCAGUCUCGUCCUAACAUCUUUGACUUGGAAAUUGUGAGCCCAGAAAACUUGUAUGAGGAAGUGAUUGAAGUGGAAGAGAGGCUGGUGCUGAGACGAGAAGAUUGUCAACUUAAGAAACACAUGGGUACAGUUACAGGAGUCACAGGGGAACUGCUGGAUACAUGGAAGCCACUGAACCUGGGCCAGUUGGAGCUGGAUUUAAGGGUGGUCCUGGAGAAAGGCAUCAGAAGUCUAGCGGUAGUGCUCAUGCACUCUUACAUCUAUUCAGGUCAUGAAGAACUUAUAGGCAAACUUGCACAAGAAAUUGGCUUUACAAAUGUCUCGCUGUCAUCUAAGGUCAUGUCGAUGGCGCGUAUUGUGCCUAGAGGGUACACAGCGUGUGCUGAUGCCUAUUUAACUCCUUGUAUCAAGAAAUAUGUUGAUGGCUUUAGAACAGGCUUACAGGGUGCCAAGAUAUUAUUUAUGCAAUCAGAUGGGGGACUGACACCAAUGGAAAGUUUCAUGGGUUCUCAUGCUAUACUGUCUGGCCCUGCUGGGGGUGUGGUGGGGUACGCUGAGACUACAUACUGCAAGGAUACCAAAGUUCCUGUCAUUGGCUUUGAUAUGGGAGGUACCUCCACUGAUGUCAGCAGGUUUGCUGGUGACUACGAACAUGUGUUUGAGACCACAACAGCUGGGGUCACCAUACAAGCUCCCCAGCUGGACAUCAACACAGUGGCUGCAGGGGGUGGCUCUCAGCUGUUCUUCAGGUCAGGCAUGUUUGUUGUAGGGCCGGAGUCUGCUGGCGCUCACCCUGGUCCUGUCUGCUACAUGAAAGGUGGGCCCCUCACAAUCACGGAUGCCAACCUUUGUCUAGGGCGGCUGCUGCCAGAAUUUUUUCCUUGUAUUUUUGGUAAAGAUGAAAACAUGCCACUAGACAAGCAAGCCACUAUGGAAGCUUUUGAUAAGCUGACAGCUGAGGUGAAUGCUUUUCUGACGAGUCAACACAAUGAAGACUCCCCAUUUACACCAAUGAGCAGAGAAGAAGUAGCGCUGGGUUUUAUCCGUGUGGCUAAUGAAACAAUGUGUCGGCCAAUCAGGGCUUUAACUCAGGCCAAAGGUUAUGACACAUCUCGUCACAUCUUAGCGUGUUUUGGUGGGGCAGGAGGACAACACGCUUGUGCUAUAGCUCACUCUCUAGGCAUGCAGGAGGUCUUCAUACACAGAUACGCUGGUAUUCUGUCUGCAUACGGCAUGGCUCUAGCAGAUGUUGUGUACGAGGCACAGGAACCCUGUUCUCUAACAUACAGUGCAGAAAACGUGCAGAAACUAGAUGAAAAACUUGAUGCAUUGAAAUCAAAAUGUGAACAAGUUCUUCUAGAGCAAGGCUUUGACAUGCACCAGGUUGAGACCCAGCCCUUCCUCCACCUGCGCUAUGAAGGAACAGACUGCGCCCUCAUGUGUUCUAACCAGUUCCCUGCCAGAGAAGGUUCCAGUUCUUUGGGGGAUUUCCAGGCUGCUUUUAUAAACAGGUACCAGAAUGAAUUUGGCUUCACUUUGAAAGAUAGAAAAAUAUUUGUGGAUGACAUAAGAGUGAGGGGUAUAGGCAAGUCAUUAGCGGCCACACACACCAGUAUACCUAAGGCUGAAGGAGCCCCCACCCCAGAGAAGACGGUCAAGUGUUAUUUUGAGGAUGGCUGCCUUGACACCCAUGUUUACCUGCUUGAGAACCUGCGUGCAGGACAUCAGCUGUGUGGACCCUGCAUAAUCAUUGAUCAAAACAGCACCAUCUUGGUGGAGCCUGACUGCACAGCAGAGAUCAGUUCCCAUGGUGACGUCAGGAUCAAAGUUCAAAGCUCCAACAAAAAAGUGUUUGGAACAGAUUUGAAUGCCAUCCAGCUGUCAAUCUUUAGUCACAGAUUCAUGAGCACAGCCGAGCAGAUGGGACGUGUACUUCAAAGAACAUCUAUAUCAACCAACAUUAAGGAACGUUUAGACUUUAGCUGUGCCAUGUUUGGACCAGAUGGGGGUCUGGUGGCCAAUGCUCCUCACAUUCCAGUCCAUUUAGGGGCCAUGCAGGAAACUGUGCAAUAUCAGAUGAAAACAUUAGGAGACCAGUUCAGGGAUGGUGAUGUCAUACUAAGUAACCACCCAGAGGCUGGCGGAAGUCACCUGCCUGACCUGACUGUCAUCACACCUGUGUUCUAUCAAGGCCAGCCAAAACCAGUAUUCUUUGUUGCCAGUAGAGGUCACCACGCAGACAUUGGGGGGAUAACUCCUGGCUCAAUGCCACCUCACUCGACCUCAAUUUACCAAGAGGGGGCUGUGUUCAAGUCUUUCAAGCUAGUAGAGGAAGGCCAGUUUAAAGAGAAGGAGCUGAUUGAAGCCUUCAAUGCCCCAUCCAAGUACCCUGGGAGUAGUGGAUCCAGGAACCUGCCUGAUAACAUCAGUGACCUCAAAGCUCAGGUGGCUGCUAACCACAGGGGCAUCAAGCUGAUCACAGAGUUGAUCACAGAAUAUGGCCUUGAUGUGGUGCAGGCUUACAUGAAGUACAUUCAGGAAAAUGCUGAGGUUGCUGUCAAGGAAAUGCUUCGAGAAAUCGCAAAGAAAACCAAAGAGAGGACGGGCAAGACGGAGCUCUAUGCUGAGGACUUUAUGGAUCACGGCAGCAAAAUUUGUCUGUGUGUUCAGAUUGAUGAAGUAGAGGGCACAGCUGUGUUUGAUUUCACAGGGACUGGAUACCAAGUCCAUGGCAACACUAACGCCCCUAGAGCCAUCACCCUGUCUGCCAUUAUCUACUGCAUGAGGUGCAUGGUUGGCCAUGAUGUGCCACUCAACCAGGGAUGUCUGGCCCCACUCAAGGUCAUCAUGCCAAAGGGCAGCAUCAUUGACCCCUGCGAGUCAGCUGCUGUGGUGGGUGGCAAUGUGCUGACGUCACAGAGAAUUGUGGAUGUUGUCCUUAAAGCCUUUGGUGUGUGCGCAGCAUCCCAGGGUUGCAUGAACAACAUCACAUUUGGUGAUGAAAAACUUGGCUACUACGAGACUGUGGCUGGGGGAGCUGGGGCGGGCCCAACUUGGCAUGGUAGAAGUGGUGUACACACCCACAUGACCAACACAAGAAUCACAGACCCUGAAAUUGUUGAAAAGAGGUACCCUGUGGUUCUCCAGUGUUUCAAGCUCAACCCUGGAUCUGGGGGAGAAGGCCAGUUUAGGGGAGGGGAUGGUGUGGUCAGGGAGAUGCUGUUCCGGAAACCUUUCACUUUGUCUUUGUUGACUGAGCGCAGGGUGUUUGCCCCCUAUGGACUUGAAGGAGGUCUCCCUGGCAAGUGUGGCCACAACCUGAUGUUCUAUGCUGAUGGCAGGGUCAUCGACCUUGGUGGAAAAAGCUCUGUUGUAGUAGGGCCUGGGGAUGUGUUUUACUUAGAAACUCCAGGUGGGGGAGGAUUUGGUCAGCCAGGCUCAUCUGCUAACUCAGUCAACAAAACAAGGGGUCAGCGCUUUAUCCAGUCCGGCAGUUUAUUUAGCUACAGGCUGUUGCAAGAGUCAGCUUGAAGCUUUAUUGUGUUAGUCUGUGUCAUGUGGUAAUCUCUCACUGAUUGUGUUUAAAUGUUUUCUGUUAUCUGUACUGACUUCUCUGUUAUCUGUACUGAUUAUGUUUAAAUGUUAUCUGUACUUGCUGUUUAAAUAUUCUGUUAUCUGUACUGACUGUUUAACUAUUCUGUUAUCUGUACUGAUUAUGUUUAAAUGUUAUCUGUACUUACUGUUUAAAUAUUCUGUUAUCUG